AUGUCCGAGAACCAGGCCGGCGGCGGCGGCGGCGGUGGCGCCGCUAACGCCCCGCCCAACAACAACAAUUUGGGGCCCAACCGGUUGCGGAACCCCAACAUCAACCAGAACCCCCUGAUCAACGUCCGAGAUCGCCUCUUCCACGCGCUCUUCUUCAAGAUGGCAGUCACUUACGCCCGCCUCUUCCCGCCGUCCUUCCGGAGGGUCUUCGAGUUCUUCGUGCUGCUUAAGGCGCUCUUCGUCCUCUUCAUCCUGGCCUACAUCCACAUCGCCUUCUCGCGCUCGCCCAUCAACUGCCUGGAGGGAGUGAGGGAGCGCUGGCCUCGCGACGGCAUCCUACGCGUGGAGAUCCACAGGAACUCCAGCCGGCCGCCCGUCUUCCUGCAGUUCUACGACUCGCCGGAGGAGGGCGCCGGCACCCCCGGUCUCAGCUUGGCCGCGCUGCAAGAGGAGGAGGACGAGGACGAGGAGGAGGUCGUCUUCGAUAACAGCUCUGUGCGGUUCGAGCUGGACGCGCAGCCUCGUCCGGAGCCGUCUACGCUCGGGGGCGCCGGAGCCAACGACAGCCGGGAUCUUUCUUUCGGUCACGCGGCCCAAGCCUGGCCUCAGGAGGAGUACAUGGUGGAAUAUUCUUUGGAAUACGGCUUCCUGCGCUUGUCUCCCGCCACGCGCCGGCGACUCAACAUCACCGUCAUGGUGGUCACCCUGGAUCCCGUCAAGGACGAGUGUUUCGGCGACGGCUUCAGCCGCUUCCUGCUGGACGAGUUUUUAGGCUACGACGACAUUCUGAUGUCCAGCGUCAAGGCGCUGGCUGAGAACGAGGUGAACAAAGGCUUCCUCAGGAACGUGGUCUCUGCAGAGCACUACCGCUUCGUCAGCAUGUGGAUGGCCAGAACCUCCUACUUGGCCGCCUUCGUCAUCAUGGUCAUCUUUACUCUGUCGGUGUCCAUGCUGCUGAGGUAUUCGCACCACCAGAUCUUUGUCUUCAUCGUGGACCUACUUCAGAUGUUGGAGAUGAACAUGACCAUCGCCUUCCCGGCGGCCCCCCUGCUCACGGUCAUCCUCGCGCUCGUAGGUAUGGAGGCCAUCAUGUCGGAAUUCUUCAACGACACCACCACGGCGUUUUACAUCAUUCUCAUCGUGUGGUUGGCCGAUCAGUACGACGCCAUUUGCUGCCACACCAACACUAGCAAACGCCAUUGGCUGAGGUUCUUCUACUUGUACCACUUUGCCUUCUACGCGUAUCACUACCGCUUCAACGGGCAGUACAGCAGCCUGGCGCUGGUCACGUCCUGGCUCUUCAUCCAGCACUCCAUGAUCUACUUCUUCCACCACUACGAGCUGCCCGCCAUCUUGCAGCAGAUCCGCAUCCAGGAGAUGCUCCUACACAACCAGCAGGCGGGGCCGGCCGAUCACACGGCGUUGCAGGACAGCCUCAACAACAACGACGCCGUCCCCGCCGCGCCGCCGCCGCCGGCGGAGGCCGCCUCCGUCGACCGGCCGCCGACCGAAAGUCGGCCGCCGACCCCGGCCGGCGAGGUGCGCUCAGAGCUCAACUGGGUGGCUCAGACGGCCGCCGUCAUCACCGAGGCGGCCGACACCUUCGAGGCGGCCCAGUUCUGGACCGGAGACGGCAGCGAAAGCCCGCCUUCGCGCCGGGCCGACGGGGAGGACCCGUCUUCGGGGGAGGCCGGCGGCGAUAGCCCGGGGGAGGCCCUCGGCGAGAGCCCGACGGAGCGGCCGAGCGCGUCCUGA